AUGGACUUACCGAUACACGUUAUAGAAGCAUGUGAAAAUGCUAAUGAAGGUAUAACAGAAGAAGAGAUUCUAAAUGAACCACUUUUAGAAGAAGGCCCUUUACUUUCAUAUGCCUAUGUUGCAUCAAACGAUAUAAUACAUAGAAUUUUUGUGGAAGAGAUAAUAAGAGCAGUUGCUGAGUCUGAUUCAAGUAACAUGAGUCAACUUUCUAUUGAAUCCAGUAAAUCAUUAGAUCCGGUAUAUGAUGUACCGCUGCGAGAAUCAGGUAAAGAAAGUCCAAGUAAAAGUACAGAGAAAGAUGGUCUUUACAGUUUACUUUGGCCACAACCAAAGACUGUUAUUGAAUUGAAAAAUUUUUCUGCACCCUUUAUUGCUGGAAAGAAACUUUUUAUAUCCAUAAUACAGGGUAGUGAAUCUAUACACAGAAUAUUAGAUGUGUGGGAAAUUAGCAGGACUCAUUUAAUAGAGCUGGGCUAUGAUGUAAAAAUUGGUGAAGUGCAUCCUAGUUCUGGCAAAUUACUUAAUGAUAACAGAAUUGAAUGUAUAGUAAAUAAAAAACUAUUUAAUACACCUGAAGGAUAUCAAUUACAUAUUUCGCAAAAUACUAUUAAAGUUAGUGCUGGAAGUUUAGCUGGAUUACACUAUGCAGUUUGUACUUUUGUACAAAUUUUACGAUUAAGCAAAAAUCAUAAUAAAUCAGAAGCAUGUGAAAUCGAACCUGUUUUUAUAAAAGAUGAGCCAAGAUUUACGCAUCGCGGUAUAUUGUUAGACAUCUCGCCGAGAGGACGUAUACCCACGUUAGAAUAUUUGUUACAUAUGAUCGAUUUGUGGUCGUCCUUUAAAAUAUCUUACUUGCAUUUAUAUUCAAGGCUUACUCCAAAUUGUGAUUGGCAAUUAUGUUAUUCAAAAUCAGAAAUGGUUACACUCGAUCGUUACUGCAGAGAUCGACAUUUGGAUCUAGUUCCAACUUUGGAUGUUGAUUCUAAUGUAGGUCAGCAUCAUUUGUCUCAAAUGUGGCCUAUAUUCCAAGAAUUAUUAGCAGUAUUUCCAAGUUUAAGUUAUAUCCAUGUUGGACCUAGGUUGGCUAAUUUACUCGUUCAAGCGGAUAAUUUUGAUUUAAAUUUAUCAGUCAAUGAAACUAUAGAAACAGAUAUGUCAGAGGUGUUUAAAUCAUAUUCAUGUCUUCAAGAAUUGUGGCAUAUUUUAAAUUUAAGUUCAAAUACAACUUUGUUACUCUGUUCAAAUGGAUUACAUUCUAAAGCAGAAUUUCAUAACAUACCUACCAAUAUCAUUCUUGUUGAAUACGGAUUUCAGGCCGAUUAUGAUUUUUCUGAAUGGACAGAAGCAUUUAGAAUAGCAGGUGGUAAUGUAUUACCCAGUUCUGGAACAGCAAGUUAUAAUAGUUUAGCAGGAUGUCCAGCAUCAACUUAUGCAAAUACAAAGAAUGCAAUAAAAACAUCUCUUGUGCAAGAUUCAGUGGGUAUAGUUGUAGCUCACUGGUCUGGGAGACACCAUCUUACUCCCCAUCCUUUUGCUUGGAUUGGAUAUUUAAUAGCAGCAGGUUUGGCAUGGAAUCCAACUAGUGAGGUAGAUAUAGGAAUUGAUGAUAAUUAUGAAAUGUCUGAAGCCUUUGGAUCAAGGCAAAAAAGUAUUACAAAGUUGUUGGAUAUUCAUGUUUUCCAAGAUUCAGAAUAUAAGAUUGGUAAUGCAAUAUUAGAAUUGGGACGUUUAGAUACUCUAGUACUUACUUUGAGUAAGAAUCAAGGAACAAAGGAUUUACAACAAAUUCCUGAUAAUCGGGGAUCCACCUUGUACAGACUAUUGACAGAUUCAGAUAAUGUAAAUUUAGAAUACCUUUCAGCUGAUUUAUUUGCAAAAGUAACAAAACAAGUUAAACGUAUUUCGCAUUCGUUGUAUGAAGCUAAUUUAUCGUCAAAAUUUUCAUUAAUGGAAAUACAAGAGCUUCAAUUGACCGCUGGUUUAAUGUUAACUGCAUGUCAAAUCGGCAGAACAUUAAUUGGCGUUGGUGUUAAUCCUAAUAGUAAUAUGGGUCUGGCAGUAAUUAAUUUAGGAGUAUGUAAUCUGCCACCUACAUUUAGAACUGAUGUAGCAAAUAAAAUGUUGGCUCACAUAGAGCAAUAUAAAGGUUCGUGGUUGCAAAGGCAUUUACCUGAGGGCCUUCAAAGCUCUUUACUAAUCUUGACUAGUGCUUUACAUAGGUUUGUGCCAGAAACGUAAUAUUUUGAGCUUCAGAAGUAUGAUUUUUCAUAUUAAUAUAUAAAAUGAAUAUUAGCUCCUGCUAUACAAGACUGCAGGUACAUACUGCGUUAA